GUUUCUCUCCUCUCCUCCUCCGUUCCACUCUGCUCCUGCCAGGAAGAUGAUGGUGAUGAUGAUAAUGAUGUGACACUGUGGCCAGCCAAUGAGCAUGCAAGGAGGGAGGGGAAGGGGUGUGUUCAGAGGCUGAGCUUGGAUCUGAUCGAUGCUGAGGAGACCGAGGAGGAAGACGGGGAAGAGAGGGAGGUAGAGGAGGGUGGGGGAGGCCUUGUCCGAGCUAAGAAGCGGCAACACUGGCAUAAUAAAAGAGGUGAAGAGAAGGAGGAGGAAGAGGAGGAAGCUGUUGCCUGUCAAAGGGGAAUCAACCUGUGCUGUCAUGGACAAAUAUCGACCAAAGAGACCAACCACCCUGGCUCUGUUCCCACAGCUGCCACAAGCCGGCACCCAGCACUCUCCAACUAGGAAAAGCCACAUCAAUGGUUAUCUGUGUUCGUCUUCGCCGUCGGCCUCUUUCCUUUUUGGAUUUUAGUCCUCCUGCUGAACAUGACUCCAUCAACAACAACUCUUUAGGCAAGAAGGACAGCUGGAAGGACUCCCGCUCCUCCUCCCCACAUAUUACAGGGGAUAUAGCACCAGCAGAUAUCCAACCAAAAGCAGAGGACAAAGUUCGGCACAACACGCGCCGCCCGGCACCAAAACCACCCACAGCCAAUGGAGCAAAUAGCAGAGCCAACACUCAGGCUGCUGCCACCACCGCAGAUACACGCGCUCGACUGCGGGAAAGACAAGUGUCAGGGGCCACGCACACGCAGUCCUCCAGCACACCAAGGACACCAAGGAGUCAAAGGAGAGGAGGAGGAAGAGGAGCACCGGCGAUGAGAGAGAGGAGCCUGGUGGACAUAAGAGGAAAGGAUGGAGUGACUGCAGGGAAGGAAGAGAGAAGAGGAGGAAGACUGUGUGAGGAGUCCAAGGGGAAGGAGAAGGAGAAAAAUACACAUCAAAGGCCAAGAGAAACAAAUGGACUGAAAAGCCGGGGGGCUGAUGGGAAAGGGAAAGUAGGUGCCAAAGGGGUUAACAGAGGAGGGGCAUUCAAGCCAAAUAACAUACUGUCUAACCAGGAAGUUUAUCUGCCAGCCAUGGUGGUCCCACGCACGCCUGUAGCACCAAGAAACCAGGACAAGACCCAAGACCAAGGCCAAAACCAUGACAGGACCCAAGACAACCCCCCUAUCCUCUCCCGGUCCAGCAGCGAGGGGGGGUCAAACAGAAUGUCACUGAGCUCAGACACAGAGGCCCCCCCACCAGGGCCCCUGCAUCCCUCUCUAUCCCACCGAACCAACCCUGACAUCAGAGAAGAAGAGGGGGAGGGAACUCCAACUCCCUCUGUGAACGUCCAGAAUGGUCCAACCCACUGCCUUGCAGGUAAUGAAAAAACAGAGAUGGACUCUACUAAGUCAAAGGUCCAUGCAGGGGGAGAAAAAGGUGACAAUAACAUUGAGGUGGAUAGCACCGAAUCUGUCACUCAGGGAGAUCGUGCGGCUGCUCAGACUGUACCAAAGAGUGAAGCUACAGCAGGGUUAAAUUAUGACUCUGUUAAGUACACUCUGGUGGUCGAUGAACACGCUCAAUUGGAGUUGGUCAGCCUCAAGGACUGCUUUCACGGUUACAACGAGCACAAUGAUGACAGCGAUGCAGAGACGGUCUAUCAGUCAGCCAAUGAGGAGGAAGACCCAGAGUAUGAGGAGGAGAGAAAGGGGAGAGAGGAAGCAAAGAAGCAAGAGAGGAGGAAAGAGGAGGAAAAGAGAAGAAAGGAGGAGGAUGAGAAGAAGAAAAGGAGGGAAGAGGAUGUGAAGAGAAGGAGAGAGGAGGAGGUGAAGAGGAGGAGGGAAGUUGUGGCAAGGAUCUGCAAACAGUCCAAGGUAACAUCAACCACAACUUCAGAGGAAGAGGAGUCUAACGGAGGAAGGGCCAGAACUUCCAGAAGUAAGAAGUUCCUCAACCUGUUUUCCAACAACAGCAGUCAUUACAGCACCACUGGUGCUGGGUCAUUUGGUGUGUUCUCCUGUGUUUUGGAUGGAGUGGAGAGACAACAGAGCCACAGAGCUGCCUACAGGUUUGUCCCUCGUCAUGCAGAUGAGCUUUACCUAGAGGCAGAUGACCCAGUGUUAAUGCUGAACCAGUCUGAGGAUCUGUGGUGUCAGGGUUACAACAUGAGGACUGGAGCGACCGGGAUCUUCCCUGCCUUCUAUGCUGUCAGAGUGGCCAAAGAAUAUAACCAAGUCCAGAAAGAUGGCUGGAUAGAGCAGUUCCAGGGGCGGUUCCUGGGUUCAGUACAGGUCCCGAUCCACAAGGGCAACGACAUGCUUUGUGCUGCGAUGCAGAAGGUGGCGUGUAACAGGCGGUUAGCAGGUCAGCCUCCUUCAACCUGUGUGCUGGAAGUCAGUGUGAAAGGUGUGAAGAUCAGUGUCCAAGACCAGUGUCACUCUGCUCAUAGGGGGGACCAGUGUUUCCAUUUCUUCCAGUUGAAGAACAUCUCAUUCUGUGGCUGUCAUCCAAAACACAGCAAGUAUUUUGGUAUCAUCACCAAACACCCUGACCAAGAGCGCUUUGCCUGUCAUGUGAUGAUGUCAGAGACAACAUUACAUCCUCUGGCUGAGUCUGUAGGGAGGGCAUUCCAGCAGUAUUACAAGGAGCACAUUGGCUACUCCUGUCCCACUGAAGACAUCUUCAUUGAAUAACACCUCUCCCGCAUCCACACUAUGUACUGAAUACUCACUAUGUGCAUGUAAGCCUGGUCUUACACAGCAAACUGGACCACUGAUUUAUCUUUGUCAGAGUACUUGCAUGGUGGAUUUCCUUUCUUACCUGCAUCCAGUGAUACAGCGAGCUUUCCUUUUCCUUUGGCCAUGUGCCAACAUUAAUACCUCUAUGGAUGGAUAAGAUCACAUGAAAUGUUCCAUACACUGGGAACAAAUGUAACAUAAACUAUCCCAAAUUCAAAUACAAAUAUCUGAUAUUGAUAUAUUUUAUGGUUUAAAAUUACUUGUAUGUAACUACACGUAGAUAAUGGCUGUAAAACUUCAGGACUAUGAAGUUAAUUUAAGGACAGAAUGUUUAUAGCGUCCAUUUUUUUUAACUUGCAACCAGUGCUGAAAUAAAUAAUAAUUUACCAGUGACAGUUUUGGUAAUUAAUAAACCAUUUGAGUCAUGUAUCAAAAAACAAGUUAUCAGCCAUCUUAGCUGUUUUUUAGGCACAGUAGUACUUUAAGCUACUGUAAAUGCCAAUUUAAGCAUGCUAAGAUGUGCACAAUGACAGUGUUUAGCAGAUCAUGUUUCCCAUGUGAGCAGCUAACAUUUGUUAAUUAGCAAUAGAAACACAAAGUACAGCUGAGGCUAAUGGAAAUGUCAUUAGUUUGCAGGUAUCUGGCCAUAAACCAAACUAGAUUGGGAUCACCAAAGCUGUUACAAUUUAUCCUGUGGGGAACAUGAAUGUCUAAAAGAUUUCAUGUAAGCCUAUAUAAUUUUUGUCAAGAUAUUUGAGUCUGGAAAAAAUGUUGGACCAACUGUAUGACACUGAUAUAUGGAAAGCCCUGCUAUACGGAUAACAAUGAAAACGCUGAACAUUUAUUGGUUGCAGCUUUUAAAAUCAGAGGAUAUGCUGUUUUUUGCUUUCAUAUAAUUGGAAAUUGCAUUUUUGGACUCUUGGUCAGACAAGUUAAACAAUUUAAAGACAUCACAUUAGGCUCUGGGAACUUGAUGAUAAGCCUUUAUCAUUAUUUUUGACAUUUCAUAAACUAACUGAUUUGUCAGUAAAGUAAAAAAACAAACAAAUUCAAUUCAAAAAAGGUUCCUUGCAACAAUACUUAAAUCUUUGAAUUGUUGUCAUAUUUGAUGUCACGGCAUGAUGGAUGCACUUCAUUAAAAAUAAUCUAUAUCAGCUUGAGUUCUAGUUUGUUACAUUAGACAAACUUCAUCAUAGCCCAUUUUUACUUGUAGCGACUGGUUUGUACUCAUAUUGAUGGUCACGUGAUUAAACGUUAAGCACACUAAAUACAUUCAGAAAAAGUUCUCAAUCUUUAAUUUCGGUUUGUAAACUCUAUAACCAGUAUGUUGAAUAAAAGGAAAAUUUAGCUAGAAGUCUUGCAUAUUUUGAAAUUAAAUUUUGUAUUAAUUUAGGUAGUAGGAAAAGUGGCAAAACCUAGCAAGUUGUGUAAGAUAUGUAUUUAAUAUAUCUAUUUUACCUGUCUAAAUGAUUACAUGGGAGUGCAAUGGAGAAGAGCAUCUCCCUUACUUAACAGUAAUCCUUUUAAACAAAAUGAAAUUCUAAAGUUCAAUAUACAUAAGUCAGCAAUGUUAGUGAUCAUGAGCAGUUUGCUUACUUGGGUAAGCAAGUACCCACUGGGUGUUGAAGGGCCUGGAAUCAAACCAAACCAAACCAGGUCAACAGCCUGGAAGGCAGCUAUGCUUACCACAAACACACUUAAGAUAUGAAAAUCUAAGAACAAGCAAAACUGCAUGUUUAUAAUAAGAAGGUAAAUGUUCUGUCUUUAAAUCAGCUUCAUCCUUGACUCUACUGUAAAGAAGGGCUUCUUAUUAGCAACAAUUUCCCCCAACAGUUUAAAAAACAGUGCUUUAAAAGAACAUCCAAUAAAAAAAAAUGGACCUCCUUUUUAUUCUUUGCACAGAUGAG